UGGACGCAACCAAUUGACCGGCACUUCACGUUUCGUCUUAACGUUGUUCGUAUUGAGUAGUUUGCCGAUUAUUGUCGUCCAAUAUGGAUGAUGAAGAUGAACGAUUGGAAGAAGAUUUUUAUCAAUUCCUUAACUUACCAAGAAAUGCCUCGCAAGAAGAAAUCACAAAUGCAUACAGAAGACUAAGUCGCAUUUAUCAUCCAGACAAACAUACUGAUGCCCUCAGAAAGAAGGAAGCUGAAGUUUUGUUCAAUAAGACGAAAAAAGCAUAUGAAGUUCUGAGUGAUCCCCAUAAAAGAGCCAUAUAUGAUAGUCUUGGAACCAAGGGACUAGAAACAGAAGGUUGGGAGGUUGUUCAGCGAACAAAAACACCACAAGAAAUUAGAGAAGAAUAUGAACUCCUUGCCCAGCAAAAAGAAGAACGCAGACUCCUUCAAAGGACCAACCCCAAAAGCUCCAUUUCUGUGUCUAUUGAUGCCACAGAACUCUUCAAUCCAUAUGAAGAUGAAUAUGAUGAGUUUGGAUCUGAUGGUUUUCCAUCUAUUGUGGUGAAAGGCAUGAACUUUUCUCAAUCUAUUGAAGCACCUCUUACUUUAAAUGACACAGCUUUUCUUUCUGGUCAACUGUCAACACACAAAGGCUCAGGUUCUGGCUCAGUUAAUGUCUCAUUAAGGAGAAUCACAUCUCCUGAUGGGUGGGCAGAACUUGAAAUGGGAUUCGGUAGCGGUCUCUCAUUUUCAGCCAAAGGCUUCCGCAAUCUAACUAAGCGGAUCUUUACGAAUGUUUCUGGAAUUGUCACUUCCACAGACCGAGGUUUAACCCUUGGAUUUGUGUCUACGUUGGCGCAUCAAUUGGAUAAGAACACGGUUGGUUAUCUUACAUAUAAAGCCUCUGGACCUAGUUCGAUGAGCACCAUGGUGGUCAAGGACACAUCUAGAUACCGGGCGCAAGUUAAUUUUGUUCUUGGUAUCCCGCACUCCUACUUCGCCAUCACAUACUGCCACAAACUCGAAAAACACGAUGGAAGAUUACGAGGAGCUAUCAAAGCCGGAACCUUUGGAGCUAUGGUAGAAUAUGGUCUUGAGCGUAAAGUAUCAGAACAUAGCUCGCUCGCAGUUUCUAUGACAGUUGGAGUUCCGACUGGUGUAAUGCUUAAAAUCAAGUUAUCUCGAGGGAACCAAAUUUACAAUUUUCCAAUCCAUUUGUGUCAUGAAGUUUUGCCAAGCCCCAUCUUUUACGGAACAGUCACACCAAUGAUUGCAUGGAUCAUCAUACGUCGAGUGGUAGUGGAACCUUACAUGCAGCAACAGAAAAUUAAAGAUAUUGAAAAACACCGAGCUGUGCAUCACUCACAAAUGCUGGCACGCCGCAGAGAAGCUGAAAUUUCUAUCGACCUGAUGAAGGAAACAUACAGACGGAUUGUGGAGGACGAGGAAAACCGAAAAGGCUUAAUUAUCACAAAAGCGCUUUACGGUCGGUGGUUAGAUCUCAGCCAUCGCGAUCUCGGUGACGCCAUCACCGACGUUACUAUCCCUCUUCAAUGCCUAGUCAAGGAUUCCAAGCUUAUACUUCACGAGGCAUCCAAGUGUCAGCUUCCAGGAUUUUAUGACCCCUGCAUGGGUGAAGAUAAAUCUUUAUAUGUACAGUACACAUUUCAUGGGGUUCCACAUGAAGUGACCAUCCAGGAUACAGAUCCACUACGGAUACCCAAGCAGUCUCACAGAAAACAGCUCUGAAAAAUGACCAGGCAAUAGAUGACAUUUUAAUAAGAUGAUUAUGGACAUACAGUAGGCAUUACAAGUGUUGAUUUGAUUUUACAGCUGUGUUUGGAUCAACAUUUCAUGCCAUAUCUGUCCUACGAAGAAAAAUAUUCAUGACUGUAAAAUAGAUUUCUCUAGUGUAAAGUCAUAA